GCAGGGACAGUGGGUAUGAUGGUAGAAGUAUGAUUAGCUUGGAUCCUGUAUGUACAUGUUUGAAACUUGUUCACACUUGCCUUAAUCAAUAUGUGGUUUGUUGGUUUCACUAAACACAUGGAGGGAGGGAUUUUCCCCCCUAAUUCAGCUGAGCUAGAGAAACACAUUCAUGACAUUGUAUCUCAGGGUCACUGCUGUCUGUUACGGCAGGGCUUUUUCUGGCAGGCAUUUGUUUUGAAGAGAAGAAACUCUUUGCAUUUAGGCUGGAUAUUUGUAGUCUUCUCUGGCUUGUUGUGGUAUGGAUUUUGCUUUUUUGUUUUUGUCUUUUGUCAUUAAUUGUGGAUAUGAACUUGGCAAGGCAUGUGUUUUGUUAGCUCAGGAAGGUCUCCUAGCAGUUUUUAGCAGCGUUUUACAAGAUGAGGAUUUUCAUAGCUUUUGAAGGAUUUUGUGAAGCUUUUGACAUUUCAUCAGACCAAACUGUGCAAGCUGUAAAACUGAUGAUAAAGGAUUAUUUCCACAUUCCACUUUCUGAAGACAAAAAAGGCAGACAAUAUUUGGAGCUGAUCUAUGCAGGAGCAAUACUGAAGGACAACUGGAUCCUUGCUGACAUAGGGAUAUCCGUUUCCUCGACUAUUAAAUGUGUUGUUAAGGAAGAAGACAAACCAGCCUUCUAUGUGUACAAUGCUGUAACCCAAGAGAAAGUGCCCAUUAAGGGGAGUAUUUAUCUUCUUGCUACAAAAGUGUCCCUUUUGAAAACACUGGUAACCCUGAAAUGUGGCUUUCCAAAUAGUGUUUAUUGUCUCAGGACUCCAGAGGGCAAGGAGAUGUACGACUGCAACACACUGAACGAUUACCAGUUAGAUAUAGGCACAACACUUCGCCUGGAUGUGUGGGAUGGAUGGAAAGAAUUCCUGACUGGGUGCCUCUUAGGAAACAAGCAUACAGUCCAACGCUUCCUGUCUGAUGAAGAACCAGUACUCAAAUAUCAAAAGAGGGUGGCUCUUUACAUGGCAGCAUUUUUUGGCCACCUUGAGCUCACGGCAUGGAUACUGAAACAGGGAGUGAGACCCAAUGAGGCAGUGGGUGUUCAUCCCUACCGAGAAUGGUGUCAGGAAACACAUCAUCCAGAUGUAACUAAAUGUCCAGUUCAUGCAGCUGCAGAAGCAGGCCAACUAAUUAUACUGAAGGCCUUUGUCAAUUAUAGUGUCUUGUGCGUAGAGUGCCAAAAUCCAGCAGGGCAAAUUCCUCUGAACAUAUGCAUCAAACACAAACAUAAGGAUUGUGUGCUAUAUUUAGUUACCAAAAUGUGGUCGGUGGUUUCUUAUCCUAAUUUUUCACUUCCCAUGAAGAUCUACAUUAAAUUAAAGCAGUGGCUGCUUAGGGCGCAGAGUCACAUCCUUACCACGAAAUGGCUUAACCAGGCUGUAGUCUUCAGAACACGAGUGGGGGACACUGUUAUCGUGGAUGGCUUCACAAAGCCGAAAAUGACUUCCAAAGCCAGGAUCAAGGCAGCAGGCAAUAAGGACUAUAAGUUACCAAACCUAACUGAUCAAACUCCACAUGAGAAAGAUUCAUGUUCCUUGACAGUUACAAAGGGGAACCAAACAGUAAUAAAGCUCAAAUUACCUCCAUUGGAAGAUGCGAAUAAACUCCCUAACAUACACAGACUUCACCAAAAGAAGAGUAUUAGAAAGAAGGCUGCUCAGCCUAGAAAAGAUGAAAGUAUGGACCAAAAUAUGUGUUUAGCUAAAGUUCCUCUGCCCCCUAUUUCAAGCCUCAGAAAUUCACGCCCUCCUUUCUACUAUUCAACACCUAAUGCUAAAUUGCUCUUAAAUUCCUCCUCUGAGUGUUUCUCAGAACACAAUGGAAGAACUCCAAGAGAUAAUGCAAUCUACUGCUUAGCUAUUGCCAGUGCAUUUAAAGAGAAACCAUGGCUUCAACAACUGGGAAUUGCAAGAACUCUAGCUAAGAAGAGUGUCUGCAAACCUGUAUACUGAUAAAGGCCUGAUUUCAUAUUGAAUGUUUCCAGGAACCUGUAGUUUGGGAAGAGAACCUAUGUUUGAAUGCUCUAACAAUAUCAAUGAUGUCCUAUUCAACAUGCAUCCUAAAUUCAAUUUUUUCCACCGACACAGUAAACGGAUAUGGUUAAUGAAGGUAUAUUAAUAAUACAUUACAUGAAGAUAAUGUAUAAAUCAUUAGUGGAUGCUCUGGGCUUUGUCUGUAACAGAUAUUUAAUCUCUGUACCUCUAAAGAGAAUAAAGAUUAAAUCAUGUGACAAAAAUAA